CAGGGCAGCACAGAGAGCUGAAGAAUAAUGAACAUACAUAGUUUCCCAAGGUAGGUUUACCUGCAGAGACUUGCCUUGGCUAUAAAAGUAACACGUAGAAACUUGCUGAAAUAUGUAAAGUGACAGUCUGAACAAACAGAUUUUGACGAGAGAAGAUCAAUAAGAAUGAGAAUCAAGCGAUUGCUACCACGCGUCCAUCUGACGUCAACUAGGCUAUGUGCUAAAACUCACAUCUCACUGUUGUCAAAAGUUGCGUCUUCCCACAAGCACUGGCAUCGGUCAAAUGAGUGAAGGGCAGACUGAGGCUGGUGAUGCAGAGUUUCUAGGACAACCCCUCCGAGAAGAGCGAAACAUGCAUUUCCCCUGAUCAGCUAAACUAAAGCGCCUCUAAUGACGAGACACUGAACGCAUUGUGUACCCAGUACAGUCAGCAGCAGCCGCGUUGAUCACAGAGAAGAGACACAGAGACUGCGAACGCUGAAUGGAAAGAAGUGAGGGAGAGAAUCCGGCCGCAAUGCACCGAAGGGAAAUACAGUAAAUCAAAAAAAGCAAUCAACAUUAUCUUAAAAACUUGAGGCAACCAGGGAAAAAAAAACCGGACUUGAUCAUCACUCGUAGUAAAUCUCUCCCGGCGGAGAGCAACUUAUCUGACUGUUUUUCAAUCGGCAAACAGCUGCUGGAUAAGCACAGUAACCCUGCCCAGUGUGAGAGGAGCCCCAGUCUACUCCGUCCCUCCUCCUCCACCAUGCAUAUGAACAGCAUGCUGAACCAGUGCAUUGAUAUUCCAGCGAUGUGUGAGACGGGAAUCGUCUCUUCGGAGCCGACAAGUCCCACUCAGUUCUACGGGGAAUCCUCCGACACCUAUUAUCAUGUGGACCGCUGGCAAAAACUCCGGACCGCCGUCAGGAAGCUGGAAUUCUGGGAGAACUUCAGCGCCGAGCUGAUAGGGAGCGGCUUCUUCUCCAAAGUGUACAAGGUGAUGCACAACACCACGCGCAAAGUGAUGGUCGUGAAGAUCUACAAGAAGGACGUGGACCAGGACACCAUCGUCCGAGAGAUCAGCCUCCUGCAGAAGCUGUCUCACCCCAACAUAGUCAGAUAUCUGGGCAUCUGUGUGAAAGAAGACAAGCUGUAUCCAAUCCUUGAGUAUAUGAACGGAGGCUGUCUGGAGGAGCUUCUCGCCACUAAAGAGAUCUCGCUGUCCUGGAGAGAGAAGGUGGACCUGGCCUCUGACAUCACCAGAGGAAUGAUCUACCUGCACUCCAAGAACAUCUAUCACCGGGACCUCAACUCCAAGAACUGUCUGAUCCGCGUGACUCCGCGGGGGAGAGAGGCCCUGGUCACUGACUUCGGGCUGGCCCGGGAGGUGGUGGAGCUGCCGGUGAAGGACCCCGAGAGGAAGCUGUCCCUGGUGGGCUCCGCGUUCUGGAUGGCCCCUGAAAUGCUGCGGGGAGAGCCCUAUGACAGGAAGGUGGACGUGUUCUCAUUCGGGAUCGUCCUGUGUGAGAUACUGGGGAGGAUCACGGCUGAUCCCGAGGUGCUGCCCAGGACGCAGGACUAUGGGUUGAACGUGGCAGCUUUCCAGAAGAUGGUGAGCGAGUGCCCUCAGAAAGUGCUGGAGCUGGCCAACAGCUGCUGCAGGAUGGAAGCUUUUAAAAGGCCAUCUUUCACAGAGCUGUUGGAUGAGCUGGAGGAGGCUGUGGAAGGCCUGGAGCCCAGCAAAGCCAGCCAGGUAACCCAGGCAACCCAGGGGACCCAGGUAACCCAGGCGACAGGGUGAAGCUGACCCCGGCACUGCCUGAACAGUGCGACACAGUGAAAGACAAUAAACCACAGCCGCAGUAUUAAAGGGGUCUCCUCCACCCAGGAACUGUUCAUAUAGAAGACGGCUUUAUAUUGAAAUUCAAUCUGUACCGUUUGCAGCAUUUCACAAGACUACCCCCCCUCAUGAGUGUGUGAAGCUCAACGAGCGAGUCUGCAGACCUGGACCGGGUUUACAGCUCCAGUGUAGCAACUUCUUACUGCUCUUCAUUUCCAUACGGUGCACUUUACUGCUGUUCUGCACAACGUUUAGCUGGGAGGCAACUGCCUUAACAAUACAACCCAACAGCAAAGUGAUCCGCUGCUCUCUCAGCCCGUGACACGCUCCAGAAUCUUCUGUUGCUGAUAGAAGCAGGCCAGCUUCUCAUUUGACCUUAUUUUGACAGAUAUUUCCAUAUUCCCAUAGAGUAUUUAGUAAGAAGUAAUUCAGGCAAUUAGCUGUGACGAGCUACAAUUACCAUCCCUAUCAUUUCUCAGCAGGGUGAGAAGUAUGUUGAUUCAUGCAGUUACAGUAUAUUGUAUAUUAUUUAUAACUGCAAUAGUUAACCUUAUAGUCAUCUCUAUGUUCAUGUUCCACUGUGUGACGCGAUUGUACAGAGCUGUAAAUAAUUGUGUUGUACAUACUUGGUAAAGCCUUUUGGAUUUCUGUUUGAUACUCGCUCUAGCCGUUAUUUAAACUGUGGUGUAGAUGCAGACACAUAUAGUGCCCUUUUAGAAGGUUUAGUUUUGCAUUUACAACAGUUUCAUGCAAAACUGCAAAGUUAAUAGCGAGGGGCUUGCUGUCUGGUUUUGCAGCCCCUGAUCUGUGUUCUAUGUGUACAUGGGUUUGAUAUAAGCUUUAGCAUUAAUUUUUUCUUUUCUGUAACCUGAAUGGCAAUUGUUUUAAGACUUCUCCGAAAUGCUUGCUCAUAAAUAUUUUUAUUGUUGUGUGUUUUUGAGUUUGAUUGUAGUUUUUGCAAAGAAGAUUAAAAAUGACUGACAGUUACCAUGAGCCCAGCCCAUGGAUUUCCGUGGUAUAUAUUUAUGUAUGUAUGUAUGUAUAUGAAUAACAGUAAAGUAAUGUGGUCUGCAAAUAAAUAUGUUUUGCACUUAACAA